AGACAUGACGAGGUGGAUCGUGUUGCUGUCUGCGUGUCUACAUGUCAUCUCUGCGUCAUUCGAUUACCUUUAUGAAGAGCACUCCUUCAUGGACCCGGAGGACGUGCUGAGUGUGAGUAUUCCUCUGGAGGAGCCACAGCGUCCUCUGCUGGGAGCCUCCAUCCUGCUUCCCUGUUACUUUGAGGACCACACCGUCCCGGACCCCGGCGCCCCCACCAUCGCCCCCCUCGCCCAUCGCAUCAAAUGGAGCCUCGUCACCAAAGAGAAGGUCACGACCAUCCUGGUGGCCUUGGAGGGCCAGGUGCGAAUCAGCGAGCGCUACCUGGACAGAGUUCACCUGGUGGGCUACCCCCAGACCUCCACAGACGCCAGCAUCAAGAUCUCGGAGCUGAGGUCCAGCGACUCGGGGGUCUACCGCUGCGAGGUCCAGCACGGCAUCGAGGACAACCACGACAUCGUCCACGUGCAGGUUCAAGGUAUUGUGUUCCACUACCGCGCCAUCAUGGGACGCUACAGUUUGACCUUUGAGAAGGCGACGGCGGCGUGCGCGCAGAACAGCGCCGUCAUGGCGUCACCUGAGCAGCUUCAGGCGGCCUACGAUGACGGAUUCCACCAGUGUGACGCCGGCUGGCUGUCUGACCACACAGUCAGGUACCCGAUCCAUGAUCCUCGUGUGAACUGCUACGGAGACAAAGAGGAGCUGCCCGGCGUCAGGACGUACGGAGUCAGAGACCUCAACGAGACGUACGACGUCUACUGCUUCGCUGAGAGGAUGACAGGUAGAGUUUUUCACACCGCCGCUGCAGAGAAGUUCACCUACUCGGAGGCCGUGAUGGCGUGCUCCAACCGGGGCGCUCUGCUGGCGACCACCGGUCAGCUCUACCUGGCGUGGCAGACUGGGAUGGACGUCUGUAACGCCGGCUGGCUGGGAGACAGGAGCGUCCGCUACCCCAUCAACGUCCGUCGGCCGCAGUGUGGAGGCGGCCUGCUGGGGGUGCGGACCGUUUACCUCCACACAAACCAGACAGGAUACCCACUUCCUGAGUCCCGCUACGACGCCUUCUGCUACACAGAGUCGCCUGCUGAGGAGGGUUCAGGCCUCAUCGAGGAGGGAAGUGGCGUGCUGAGUGUGACGGCGGUGACGCAGAGCCCGGAGGUGUUCUUCAGGAGCACGACCCCAGAGAGCGAGGUGGUCGGAGAGGUGGAGACCCAGCAGCCGACCGUGGUGGACUUCACCUUCACGGAGAGCCCCGCGGAGCUGCCGCUGCCUCGGCCGCCGAGCGUCACCGAGGUCAUCACAGACGUGAUCGAGGCGGCCACCGCCAGGCCCGACACGGGCAUGGCGCCCGGAAGAGGCUUUGUGAUGCCUCCGGGUGGUGUGGUCUUCCAUUACCGCUCGGGCUCCGGACGCUACGCCUUCACCUUCGUCGAGGCCCAGCUGGCCUGUCAGAGCGUGGGCGCCUCCAUCGCCUCACCGGAGCAGCUGCAGGCGGCGUACGAGGCCGGAUAUCACCAGUGUGAUGCAGGAUGGGUACUGGACCAGACUGUGAGGUACCCGAUUGUUUUCCCUCGAGAGAAGUGUGCCGGAGAUUUGGGGGAUCGACCUGGAGUUCGGUCCUACGGUUUGAGGCCAGCUGAAGAGAGAUAUGACGUGUACUGUUACGCCGACGGGCUCAAAG